AAGGGUAGUAGCGAGAACCAGGGUCGUAAAUUAGCUGCCUUUCGCUACCACGUCAUUCCAGGUCUUCGGCACUGUCUGGUGACGGCCGUGGGUGGCUUGCCAUCGGACGCCGCCCAGACUAACAACUUCAUUUCACCAGUUAACGCCUACCAGUCUUCGAGGGUAAUUUACCAGGACUACCAAUAG